CAAUUCCAACCUAGCAAGCGAUGCGACCUGCCUUCUCCUCCCUUUCGGCCUCGCCUUCCUUCCUUGCGACUCAGGUCAUUCUUCCGAACACCAUCCCCGCCUUGAAAAGCUCUCGACCAGGAUCGAUCGAUCGCCAUGGGCAGCGGCCACAGGAAGCUCAUCCACUUGCUCCGCGCCGAGCAGGCGGCGGCGGCGGCCUCGGCGGCGUCGGCGUCGUUCUCGCCCAAGUCUUUCUCGUCGUCCUCCGCCUCCGACGACGACGGGUGUAGCUCGUCGUCGUGGCAGACGAACGACGGCGCCGGUGGGUACGGGUCCGCGGCCUCGUCGCCGUCGCGGUGCAGCGCGUCGACGCCGCCCAAGUCGCCGUGGGCGGCGCACCUGCCGGGGCUUGGCGGCGGCGGGGUGGGGACGGGCGCCGGCGCCACCGGGCUCGUCGCGUCGCUGGUGAAGGAGGACGGGCACGUGUACUCGCUGGCGGCGGCGGGGGACGUGCUCUACACCGGCACGGACUCCGAGAACGUGCGGGUGUGGCGCGACCGCCGCGAGCUCGCCGGGUUUAGGACCGGGAGCGGGCUGGUCAAGGCCAUCGUCGUCGCCGACGACGGGCGCAUCUUCACGGGGCACCAGGACGGCAAGGUCCGGGUGUGGCGCGCCGACGCGGGGGACCCCGCCGUGCACCGCCGCGUCGGCUCGCUCCCGAGGCUCGCCGACUACGUCCGGAGCUCCGUCAACCCGUCCAGCUACGUCGAGACGCCGCGGCGCCGCCGCGGGCGGCGCCGGGAGGUGUGGCUCCGGCACUCCGACGCCGUGUCGUGCCUCAGCCUCGACGAGGGCGCCGGGCUGCUCUACUCCGCCUCCUGGGACGGGUCCUUCAAGGUGUGGCGCGUAUCGGACUCGAGGUGCCUCGAGUCGGUGUGCGCCCACGACGACGCCAUCAACACCGUCGCCGCCGCCGGGUUCGACGGCGUCGUGUUCACCGGCUCCGCCGACGGCACCGUCAAGGUGUGGCGGCGGGAGGAGGAGCCGGCGGCGAGUGGCGGCGAGGCGAAGACGAGGCACGUCCUGGAGACGGUGCUGCGGGAGGACGAGAGCGCAGUCACCGCCAUCGCCGUCUCGGCCGAGGGCCGCGUCGUGUACGUCGGUUCGUCGGACGGGGACGUGACCUACUGGCACUGGAUCGACGGCGAGGCGAGGUACGGCGGCGCGCUCAGGGCGCACGGGACGGCGGUGAUGUGCCUCGCCGUCGCCGGGAACGUCGUCGUGAGCGGCUCGGCCGACCGGACGCUCUGCGCGUGGCGGCGCGGCGGCGGCGAGCACUCCCGGCUCGCCGUGCUCGCCGGCCACACCGGCCCCGUCAAGUGCGUGGCCGUGGACGAGGAGGAGACAUCAUCGUGCAGCUCCGACGGCGAGCGGCGGUUCGUGGUGUACAGCGGCAGCCUCGACGGGUCAGUCAAGGUGUGGCGAAUCUCCGACAUCGAACCUACCAAUCCUCCGCCGCGGCUGCCGUCGCCGCAUGUAUGGAAGAGAGAGGAUCAGCCGGCGGCGGCGACGGCGGCGGCGGCGAGGGCGUGGUCGCCGUACCAGACGUCGGAGAUGAACAGCGUGGCAGCGGCGUGACGGCGAGGCUAGAGCUGAUCACUAACUUGACACAAACGUGCGUGCAUGCAAGAACAGUGUGGGGCUCACACGUGUACUGUAGCAGAAGAGUGUAAAUAUACGUAGAAUAUACGGUGCCUGUACGUAGAUUACGUAUUUGUCAAAUGUAUGGAUGCGAAUGGGUGGCUUGGUCGGAGAUACCAUUUUGGUAGGAGGAAUGGGCGGUUAGUUGACAGCGAGAGGUCUACCAGCCACGUCAAAAACCAAUAAUGGAAGGGAAAAAAAUAAAAGGGAGAAGGUUUUGGGAAUGGCUUUGUUUUGUUGAUUUUGGUAGUGAUUUAAUUAACGCUCUGUGUAAGAUGUACAGAUGUAUAUAAUAAUAUAAAAGCCACCAUAUUAAUUUUGAUGUAUGAAUAUAUUAUUAACAGUUCGGUUUUGGUGGCAAUCCUCA